GAGAUAUCUAUCUCGUUCAUUUAAAUCUCUCUCUAUUUCGUUAUUUCAUCUCUGAGGCUCCUCUCUCUCUCUCUCAAUCAAACUUACUGUCACAUAGAGAGUUCGUAGUAAUUUUGAACACUCCACCUCAGUCUUGCUUCUCGACUCUGCUUUUCCGGUGAUGUGAGUGAAGUUUUUCCGGCGAGAUUUGGCCGGAGAAUGGCAUAUAUGUGUGCGGACAGUGGAAAUCUAAUGGCAAUCGCUCAACAAGUCAUCAAGCAGAAGCAGCAGAGAGAGCAACAGCAACAGCAGCAAGAACAGCUCGUCACUGUCAACCCUUUCUGUCUCAGCCCAUGGACCACGACCCACCAGGGUCUGUCUAAUAGCCCCACUUUGAGUUACGGACUAACGGGUGCCGGGUUCACGGAUCCGUUUCAGGUCGCCGGAGCGGCGGACGCCUCCGGAGAACAUGGGUUUCAGUUCCCGAGCUUGGAGCACCACUCCACGGGGUUUAGAUUUGCUGAUUUUGGUGGUGGGUCUGGUGGCGAGUUUGACUCGGAUGAGUGGGUGGAGAGCUUGAUGGGCGGUGGAGAUUCAACGGAAAGUUCGAAUCUUCCUUCUAGUUGCGACGCGUGGCAGAGUAACCCCGAGUUCACUCUCUACGGCGCCGAUCCGUUUCCUACUUGCCCGAGUCGACUCAGUAUCGCUUCAUCUCCGCCAACGGAACUCAACAGAGUGCUCUUUUCAGAAACCCAGAAGAAUGUCAACUCUCUGCAACCUCCGAAUCAACCCACGUGGGUCCCAACGUCACCGCCUCCCCCACCGCCGAUAGCGGUGGCGGAUUCUAAGCCCACUCUCCCUACACAGAAGAACGACGUUGCAGGGGGUUCCUCUUCCAGUUCGCCGGAAACAGAUUCGUCAAAGCCGUUGCUUAAAGCUUUACUCGAUUGUGCCCGAAUUGCAGACUCUGAACCAGAAAUGGCUGUGAAAUCACUGAUUUGGCUCAGGGAAUCGGUGAGCGACCACGGAGACCCGACUGAGAGAGUGGUUUUCUACUUCACCGAAGCUCUCUAUAGCAGAGUCUCUUUCCGAGCAGAGAGAAGACCAACCACCACCACCACCGUCGACGCCAUUUCCGAUGAACUCACGCUGUCAUACAAAGCUCUCAACGACGCUUGUCCGUACUCCAAAUUCGCCCAUUUGACGGCGAACCAAGCAAUCCUCGAAGCCACUGAGAGAGCAACGAAGAUUCACAUCGUGGAUUUUGGGAUCGUUCAAGGCGUUCAGUGGGCGGCUCUUCUGCAAGCUCUGGCGACUCGACCCGCCGGAAAACCCACCAAAAUCCGGAUCUCCGGUAUCCCAGCUCCAGCACUGGGUACUUCUCCGGCGCCGGCGUUGUGCGCCACCGGCAAUCGGCUCCACGAAUUCGCAAAGCUUCUGGGUUUGGAUUUCGAGUUCGUUCCGGUUCUUACACCCAUCGAGGAGCUAAACGGGUCGAGUUUUCAAGUCGAACCCGAUGAGGUAUUGGCCGUGAAUUUCAUGCUUCAGCUCUAUAACCUUCUGGACGAGACUAAUGUCGGCGUCAAAACAGCUCUGAAACUGGCCAAAUCGCUAAACCCAAGCAUUGUAACACUCGGCGAGUACGAAGCAAGGUUGAACCGGGUGGGUUUUCUGAACCGAUUCAAAUCCGCACUGAAAUACUACUCAGCUCUAUUUGACUCGCUUGAACCCAACUUGACCCGUGACUCGCCGGAGAGACACCAGGUCGAAAAACUCCUCCUCGGCCGGCGAAUCGCCCGAGUCAUCGGACCGGACGAAUCGGGAAUCGGAAGAGAACGAAUGGAGGACAAAACCCAGUGGAGGGUUCUGAUGGAAAGUGCCGGUUUCGAAUCGGUCCCACUCAGCCAUUACUCAGUGAGUCAAGCUGAAAUACUUCUCUGGAACUACAAUUACAGUUCAUUGUACGCUCUGAUUAAAUCAUCUCCUGGGUUUCUCUCUCUAGCUUGGAACGAUGUCUCUCUCCUCUCUGUCUCAUCAUGGCGUUGAUCUGGGUCUGACUAGAAAUUGUUGGGUUCCUUUCCACCUGGUCAUUUUUCUCCAGUGUGGAAUCAACUUUUGUGAUUAGGUCUCCGCCAUUGAUGAUCUCUUUUGGAGCUUCUCAAUCGGAUCUGAGAAAGAAACAAUCUUUGGUCUGAUUUGAUUAAAAGAAUACCAUUAUAGAUAGAUCUUUUGAAUUUCUUUUUCUUUUGGCUACUUUUGUUAACUUUUGCAGCUUGAUUUUAUAUCUAUCUGUUUAUAUGGCUAAUCUUUUGGUGUA